AUGCCAGAUCCAUGGAGCUUUCAAAUUCCAUAUACCAUUGGGAGCACCACCUUUGAGAAAGCCCUAUGUGAUCAGGGUGCAAGUAUAAGUUUAAUGUCCUUGUCUAUGAUGAAGAAGCUAGAAAUCAAAGAGAAAAAACCAACAAGGAUAGCAUUAAUAAUGGCAGAUAAAUCUUUGAAGCAUGCACAUGGAAUAGUGGAGAACAUCUUGGUCAAGGUGGGUAAGUUCUUCCUCCCAGUUGAUUUUGUGAUUCUUGAUAUGGGAGAGGAUGAAAAUACCUCUAUAAUCUUAGGAAGACCAUUCUUAGUCACUGAAAGAGCUCUGAUUGAUGUGGAAGAAGGUGAAUUAGUGCUUAGAGUGCAUAAUGAGCAGCUGGCCUUUCAUGUCUUCAAAAUUAUGCAUUUAUCAGACUGA